UACAACAGUUCCAGAAACUCCAUUUAUUAUCAACAGAUUUGUUUCUUUAUUUAAACAGUUAUUUAGCUCCGCCCACACAUAUCCUUCCGCGCCUGGUGGAACUAAAUAACUGACUGACAGUUGACGAGCGACAGUUAGCGUAAUUAACAGGAGGUGAGAGUGGUGUUAAACUCUUAGCGGUACUCUGUAGGGAGAAGGUGAUGAGAAUAAACCAUGGAGGUGGUGGACAGUCCUGAGAAACUCACCAGAUCUACUGUACAGUAUAUUUACACUUAUUACACUUUAGAAUAUCAGCUCCGUUAACUUCAGGGUUCUGGGGUCGAAUCCAAAAUAGUGUUAAAUGGAAAGCUAGUGCACUAUGUAGGGAGUACACCCCCCCCUUGUUCCACACACCAAGUAGUGCCCUUGAUAAGGGGUUAGAGAGGGAUUUGGGAUUCAGCCUUGUGUUAGAAGCUAGUUAGCUUUAGACUUAGAAGUGAUGAGUGCAGAGACGGCGUGUUGUUUAAGACGCCAUAACGUUAUCAGAUGUGUGUUCUUACUGAAAGUGCUUCUGUGACUGGGUGUGAAUGUGGGUUUAGUCAGACAGCUGCUCUCUCCUCAGUACUGCGGACCGUACAGACCUACUCUCACCCACGCCGAGACACACAGUUAGUGUCAUUGGGUCAGGGGUAGCUCAGUGGUUAAGGCAUUGGACUUGUGAUCGAAAGUCCCAGGUUCGAACCCAACCACCACCAAGUUGCCCCUGUUGGACCCUUGAGCGAGGCCAUUACCCUCAACUGCUCAAACGUAUAAUGAGAGAAAAAAAAGCGUCCUGCCGUCACCGCAGCCUCCCAGUCGAGAUGGACGAGUCGAUGACGUCUUCGUGUCUGGACUUGGCCUGGCCAGCCUGUUUGGAAUGUUCGGCGCAUGUUGAUGACAUCACACCCCUAAGCAAUGACCUCAUGGUUAAUGGCAGGCAAGAGGUCAGAUGCCCAGAUGACUGUUUAAGAGGUCGUGCAUUGGGGCCGAAGGUCAACAGGCCUAUAAUCAAGCCCACCCAGCUGGGUGUAUCACGUGUUCAUCGUCUCCGGGACCCACAGGGGGGUGAGGUCCGGCUCGCCCUAGAAGACGAGAUGUGUGAGAACGUCUCUGCGAUGUUCCCUGCAGCGGCUCACGGGGUGAAACACCAGUGGAAUGUUCCGAGUGAGGAUGAAGAGAGUCUGGAGCCACCUCUUCCUCUUCGCUCCGAUAUGGGAAAGAGUCCCGGCAUGACACAUCUACAUUCUCACUGUUACAGAUGUCCACCUCCACCUGCUAAAUUGCCAACACCACACAUACUUAAUUACCAGGAGCACAUGCAAGACAGGCUGGAGGCCCUUCAACCUGCAGUUGCCAUGGCGACACCCCAAGCCACCACCCCUGUGAGAGACACGUCUGAUAUGAUGAUGGAGGCGUGCAUUCUUCCCUCUCAGGGAAUCCGACCUGGCUGUCUCCCCGUACAGGAAGUGAGACGCACCAUCAGUCUCCCCGACGACUGCCGAACUGUUUUCAUCACAUACUCUGUGGACGUCGCCGAGGAGAUUUUUCCCUUUGUGAAAUUUUUAAUAAAUCAAGGCUUCCGACCUGCCAUUGAUAUCUUCGAUAAUGCUGUGCGGCAGAUGAACGUCAACAAGUGGAUGGACGGCUACUUAAAAGACAAAUCGGUUCUGAUCAUCAUGGUCAUCAGUCCCAAAUACAAGAUUGACAUUGAGGGCGACGGAUCGGACCAACACGGACUGCAUACCAAAUACAUACACAGUCAGCUGCAAAACGAGUUUAUCCAGCAGCACUGUCUGAACUUCAGACUCGUCCCCGUUCUCUUCUCCUGCGCUAAUCAGAGUCAUGUCCCACUGUGGUUACAGAGCACUCGUGUGUUUCGGUGGCCUCACGAUGCUCAGGACCUGCUGCUGCGUUUACUCAGAGAGGAGAGAUACAUCGCUCCACCGAUCGGCCGUGACCUCACACUCAGCAUCAGACCCCUCUGACACACACGUACAUACGUCACACACAUUACUGUGCUUUAGCUCUUCUAGAGAUAGAUAGAUAUAUAAUUUGAAAAUAAUGGCUCACACCUAAUACUGUAAGAAAAAGUCUUAAGAAAUCCUUCCUGAUGCGAUGUCUCAAAUUCUCUUCUCUGUAUUUAAGAAGUUUAAAACUUUCCACAUGUUCAAUAAUUACAUAUCAGCCUGAAACAAUAAAGAUUUAU